CCAAAAUACAUUUGGUUGCAUAAGCGAUUUACCCUUAUUUGAGUGGCUUGUAUACGGCCACUCGGAUCAGAAAUCCGGAAAAAUGCCAAAACAAUUUUUCUUGUCAAAAAAGCCCAAAUUUGCAUAGUAUUUGGAACAAUGGAUCGCGUCAACGAAGAACCUGACUCUAAAAGACAAAAGUCGGAAGACAUCGUCGUCAAUGAUGAACCUCAGGAGGAUUCCGCACCUGCAGUAGAAAGUCAAACGCAAGUCAACGAGCAAGAAGACGAGGAAGCAGACUAUACGGCCGAAGAGUUGAAACAAGGCAAUGACUUGAUUGCUGCAGUUGUUGCCGGUGAUGUGGAAAAAGCCAAAUCGCUAGUGGAACAAGGCGCUGAUAUUUGCUUCAAUGGCGAUGAUCUGGGCCGCACACCUCUUCACCACGCCGCUGAACACGGUCAUAUGGAUGUUAUCGACUGGUUACUAUCUGAACAUCACCCGUACAAUUUGCUCGAUAAGAAAGAGGUUUCGGCAGGAGAGCUGGCAUUGCAGAACGGACACACUAAGGUGUAUGAACGACUGGUCGAUGAAGGAACGCGCGCGGAACUUAUCUUGAGAGCUUUGAAGGCCGCUUUUCAAGACGAUGACGACGAAGCACAAGGCGCGCCCAACGAGGAUUAUCUUCAUCAGAAGCUGCAUUAUGACGAUAACAAACUUUUGGAUGCGAACAACGACGCUGUGAUGAUGGGUUGGGAAGGACCAUUGAUGGUGGAACAUGCCAAAGUGAUGUGCCCUCGGGAAGGAUUGGAUGUGUUGAACGUAGGCUUUGGUCUCGGUUUGAUUGAUUCCGAGCUUCAAAAGUACAAACCUCGCAACCACUAUAUCAUCGAAGCCCAUCCCGACGUUUACGCACACAUGAAGGAACUUGGUUGGGAUAAAAAACCCGGUGUGACAAUCCUUUUCGGUCGCUGGCAAGACGUUGUACCGACUUUGACCACGACAUUUGAUGGCAUCUUUUUCGAUACCUAUGGAGAGUUUUAUGAUGACCUUCGCGCAUUCCACGAAGCUGUACCAAAUAUCCUGAAAACAGACGGUAUCUAUACAUGGUUCAACGGUCUCGGGGCAACGAAUCAAUUUUUCCAUGACAUCUAUUGCCGUGUAUCUGAAGUCGAUCUGCACGAUUUCGGUCUAAGCACGGAAUACGUCGAAAUGCCGAUCGGUACGGCUGACGAAAAGGGGGUUUGGGAUGGCGUCCGUCAACGAUACUGGGUGCUCGAAACCUACAAGUUACCCAUUUGUAAAACCAUACAGAGUGUAUAACAAAAAACGCAUAUGUAUAUAAAAUGUGUAGAAUAAUAUAGUAGAUGUAUGAACAUUGAGUUGGUUUUUUUAUUUCAUGAUUUAAGCAAUCAAUUCGACAACUGCAGAAAAGAAUAAAAGAACAAUGGAAGACAAAAGUUAGACCCCGUCAAUAAUCAUCAACAAUGAGUUGCACUUACCACCACCGGCGGCCUUGAUCUUUUCUUCGGCACGGCGAGAGACAUAACGGGUGCGGACGAUGACGGGCUGGCUGACGGAACCCUUGGCGAGGACCUUGCCGUAACCGUUCUGGAGAGCGUCGAUGACGGGAACCUUUUCGGUGUUCUUGUACUUUUCACGAACACCUUCACCAGCCAAAGACCAGAUCUGGUCGAGGUUGAUAACGGGGCGCCAGGUCUGGUUCUUCUUCAAGUGGAAGUGGCGCAUACCGACCUUACCAAAGUAACCGGGAUGGUACUUAUC